AUAUGUUCAAAUCCACUUCCUAAUUAACCCAAAAAGCUUUUCUUUCCUAUAAAUCAUCUGCCUAUUUCUAAAAAAUUAAGGUAAAAAACCCUGUAGCCGAGCUUGAUGGCGAUGAAAUGACCCGUAUAAUCUGGAAAAUGAUAAAAGACAAGCUUAUUUUCCCUUUCCUCGACCUUCCAAUUAAGUAUUAUGACCUUGGAAUCCAACAUAGAGAUGCUACUGACGAUAAAGUAACACUAGAUGCCGCCGAGGCCAUAUUAUAAACAAAAGUUGGUAUAAAAUGUGCUACUAUAACCCCUGACGAAGCCCGUGUAAAGGAAUUCAAAUUAAAAAAAAUGUGGAAAUCACCUAAUGGAACAAUCAGAAAUCACAUCGGAGGAACAGUAUUUAGAGAACCCAUUCUUUGUAAAAACAUUCCUAAAUUGAUCCCUUAAUGGAAAAAAUCAAUAAUAAUAGGAAGACAUGCUUUUGGCGAUUAAUAUAGAGCCACAGAUUUCGUUGUAGACUAACCUGGUAAAUUCGAAAUUAUAUUUUCCCCUAAAGACGGCAGUGCUUAGAAAAAAAUGUAAGUUUUUGACUAUCCAGGUGGUGGUGUAGGUAUGGGAAUGUAUAAUACUGAUUCUUCAAUAAGGGAAUUUGCUUAUAGUUGUCUAAGAUAUGCUUUGUAGAGAAAUGUUCCUUUGUAUUUAUCUACUAAGAAUACUAUAUUGAAAGCAUAUGAUGGUAGAUUCAAGGAUAUUUUUGAGGAAAUCUAUUAAAAAGAAUUCAAAGGAUUAUUUGAAAAAUAAGGAAUUUGGUAUGAACAUAGACUUAUAGAUGAUAUGGUAGCCUAUAUGAUUAAAUCAGAUGGAGGAUUCAUGUGGGCAUGUAAAAAUUAUGAUGGAGAUGUAUAAUCUGAUUGUUUAGCUUAAGGAUAUGGGUCACUUGGAUUAAUGACUAGUGUUUUAGUAGCUGAAAAUGAUGUAAUUGAAGCCGAAGCUGCACAUGGAACAGUCACUAGACAUUAUAGAUAACAUUAAAAAGGUUAAGAAACCUCUACUAAUUCAGUUGCUUCGAUUUUUGCUUGGAGUUAAGGCUUGGCUCAUAGAGCUAAACUUGAUAAUAAUAAAGAAUUAGAUUUCUUUUGUAAAACUUUAGAAAAAGCUGUUGUUGAUACUAUUGAAAAAGGAGUUAUGACUAAAGAUUUGGCUAUUUGUAUAGAAGGAACUAUGAAUGUACCAAGAAAUAAAUAUGUUACUACUGAAGAAUACAUUGAUAGAGUUGCUGAUUAAUUAAAAAAUUAAAUUUAAAAGAAACAUUGAUAUUUUUUAAUUAUUUAAUAUCUUAUAUUAAUAUUUAAUUUUUUUUAAUUAUUUAUAAUUUAAAAGCAAAAAUAUUAAAAAUAAUUAUAAAAAAUUAUAUUAUUAAAUUAAUUAUAAAAGGAAAAUUUAUAAAUUUUAGUUAUU